GUUGUUAAGACAUCCUUACUUAAAAACUACAAUAUACAGGGUUACUGGUAACAAUAUAGAAUAUUGAUCUAAAAAUCUGUUCCCUGUGAACUUGAUGAACUUCACUAUUCCUCAAUCCAUUAAUAUUAGCUGCCUUGGCUGGACCCGCAUGUUUAUGUCGAGUGUACCGCAGACCUGGCUACUAAAGUUCCCAACACAACUCAAUCAUCCUGGUGGGGAGGUCCUGGAGGCCCAGCUCUAUCUCCUCAAUCAGAGAAAAAAUUGGAGAAUUUCACUAACACAUCUGGAAGGAAAAAUGAGAAGUUUUCUGGUACACACUCAGGCAUCCAGAUCCAAGACAAUGAUCACCAGUCCUCUACCCAGACUGAAAAUUUGGAGCAAGAUAAGGAUUCCUUGAACCAGAAGAUCACUGAGCUCCUGGAUCAUCUUGUACGGGCACAAAGCACUAUUUGUGCUCUGGAAAAACUUAAUGUAUCCUCCAUUCUUCGUCAUUUACCUGCUGAUGUGUUAAAAUCCAUGAAAAACUCCCACCAAGGUGCUGGCAAUAAAACAGAAGGGUUACCUGACUGCAAAUCAUCACGCUCCAUCUCUCUACAAACUAGUUCUGUAGACAUUUGUAGUGGUGAUCCAAAAUCUAACAGAGAGGAAGGCAAAGAAGAUGGGACCCCUGCACCACGCCUGACUGCUUUUACUCCAUGGAGUCCUAGGAGGCAAAAGUCAUUCCUUGCUCUUCAUACCCUGUACAACUCCACCGAAAGCGAGUGCAGCUUAGAAGAUAUGCUACCUCCUUGUAAUCUGCUGUCUCCACGUUUUCCUAACCUUGGGGAAAGCUUUUCAGACGACUGGAAAGAUGAUAGAAACUCAGAUAACUGUGAUGCCAAAACUGAACAAAAAUUACCUGGGGCCUUAAAGCCUUCACCAUCUCUUCCAAGCCUUCUUCCCACUCAUCGCAUUCCACAACAAAACCAUUGUGUCAGUAGUUCUGAGAGCUCUGGAGAGGAUACACUCAUUAACUGGGUUGACAUGAGGUCUCAGGAUCCAGCACUAGAUUACAUGUCUGCACAAAAGAUACUGGAUACACUUUUGGGAUUGACCACACCUUUGGAUAGAUUUGCCAUUUCAAAGCCUCAAAAUUUAGUUGACUUUUCCUCAAAGAUUGAAGGACAUAUAAUGAGAAGUGAUAUUCAAUUUUCAAACAAUCCAAAAGGAAAUCCUCCAACAAAUGAUUUUAAAAAUAUUUCGUAUGCAGCAUCAAACCAGAAUGAUCUACACAACUACACAGAUAGAUGUUCUAAACUGGACAAUUUUGUCUGCAGCCAUUACAAUCCUUUGUACAGUCCAAAUGACGAUUUAACCCGAAAACUGCAGUCUACAGAAUACAUAACUCCUCCACUUCUGGCAAAAAGAUCUUCAUUUUCAGGAAAUUUUACAGACACUCAUUCUCUCCUUAAUCCUGUGGCAGAGGUUGGUUUUCGACCAUUGGGGAAAACUGAAGGUACAGCCACACAUAAAUCAAUACCACCAAGUUCUUUAUCCAUGCAUGAUCGUCCAAACGAUCCCCCUGCCCAUUCCCCCUGUAUUCCAUUUGUACUAAGAAGUCCAUCAGGUAGUGAAUCUAUUGUGGGAACCUGGGAAGGCCAACAGAAAAGUCAAGAAGGUGGAAGAGAAAAGAAGACUAAAAAAGAAAGAACGGUCACUUUUGACACAAAGUUUAUGCCCAACAAGUUUGAAGAUCAUGGCCAAGGAGACUCAGCUUUGGAUUCUACCUUGCUUUAAGAAGUCUGUUGAUUUGCAGUCCUUUUGAUUGCUGCUUGGUAGUUUUGAAAUCUUGUCUUUUUAUGGAACCGCAACAUGUCAGAGACUGUAUAAUGGACACUGACCAUCUAUUUGGCUUGAUUAAAAGUUCUGAUACUAUUGAGAAUUGACUGUACAAAGGCCAUGCCCAUAUACAUUAUUGUGAAAAAAUGAUUACAACUUUGUGCAAUAUGCUGGCCAUCAAAAAAAGCUAUUGAAACUCUACAGAAUGGAUUGCAAAGUAAUGACAAUACAGUCUUAGGCUAUGUUCGCACAAGCAUAAUGCAGAAGAAUUUUUAAGUCCAUAAUACUGAUUAAAAGAUAAAAAAAAACAGAAGGAUGCGCUCCAUAGUGUAAUACCUUAAAGGAGAUGUCUGGUGAAAUAUAACGGAUCCCUUAUCCAAAGGAUAAGUUAUAGAUUUCGGUGGGGGGACCGAGCGCUGGGACCCCCGAGAUGUCCUGCAUGGGGCCCCGGCAGUCGUCUAGAAGGGGGGCGCGUUGUACCCUGCAUAGAGCACUAGCCAACAUGCCCCCACCAUGUACCCCAUAGAGAUACAUGGUGGGAGUGCGCCGGCCAUAGCUUCCUGUGGGGUAAUGGAUGUCAGCUUCCGGCAGAGGGGAUAAGUUAUAUUUCACCAGACUAUUAUUUUAAGACCAAUGGUAAUGCUAUAUGUGAACUGCGCUUACCACGGAUGGUUGUACUGAUAACCAAGUACAACAAUGGAUUUGCAUGUGUAGAAAAUGAAGGUCUCUGCAGCCACUCCACACCAAGAAACAGCAUAAGAACACGAUCCCUCCUCCAAA